UCCGCCCAGCCGGUCGAGUUCCGUUCUACGCCGGAUGUAAAACGAAAGCGCACCGUAACCGUUGAUGAACACUUCCGGUCGCUGCCAAACUUUGCUGCUCGACUUUCGGAGUUAAAGAAGAGAAAUGUCUUCAUCACAGACAUUUUCAGGUAAAGACCCAAACCAACACAAGCGUGUGUCCGUUCAGUCCAACCCUGGAUUCCUGGAGCGGUUAGGUGAAACUGCAGGAGGAACUGUUGUUGGCGUCGGUCUGUUCUUCCUCUCGAUUUAUGUGCUCUUCACCAAUGAGGGACGGGCUCUGCAAACGGCGUCGUCCCUGGAUGAGGGUCUUUCUCAGGUUGUGUCGUUGGGGCCUCUCUCAAGCUUCGACCUGCAGAACGACAACCGUCUAGUUCAUCUGUCUGCACAGCUGCGCACCUCACAGCCCCUGUAUGACCCCAACUACAGGGUGGUGGUGCAGGCAGUGAAGCUGAAGAGGCAGGUGGAGAUGUAUCAGUGGGUGGAGUACCAUGAGAGCAAGGACUACCAAGAGAAUGGUGAGACCAAAACUGAGACGACGUACACCUACAACACCGAGUGGAAAUCAGAGUUAAUCAACAGUCGUAAUUUUGAUAAAGAAAUCGGUCACCAGAACCCAAGUGCCAUGGCGGUUGAGAGUGUCACUGUGGUGGCUCCGGAGGUCAGAGUUGGACCUUUCUUUCUGUCUAAAGGCCUGGUGGAGCAGAUCAAUAACUUCCAGACGCUGAGUUUGAGGGAUUUUUCUGCCUUUAACUUGGAUCCGUUUCUCAGUAUUGAUGACGAUUAUUUCUAUCACACUCAGUACCCACGCAGGCCGGAGGUCGGAGAUGUGCGUGUGAGAUUCUCCUUCGCUGGACUGAGCGGUGAGACGUCUCACCUCGGCCAGGCUCAGACUGUCAGUAUUGUGGCCAUGCAGAGAGGGGAGCAGCUGAUGCCUUUUAAAACCAAGUCAGGAGACACUCUGGAGCUCCUGUAUCUGGAGGAGCUCUCUGCGGAGGAGGUUUUUGCGAAAGAACACGAGUACAACAGUAUGAAGACAUGGGGACUGAGGGCUGCAGGCUGGGCCCUCAUGUUCCUCAGUAUUCAGCUGACCAUGCGCAUCAUCUACACGUUGGUGGAUUGGGUUCCUGUUCUCAGAGAGCUUGUGUCCGUGGGGCUGAAGAUCUUCGCCUUGUGCGUCUCCUGCUCUCUGUCUCUCCUCACCAUCGGAGUUGGUUGGUUUUUUUACCGACCGUUGGUGGCCGCAGCUCUGGGAGCACUAGCUCUGCUUCCAGUGUUUCUCGCCCGCUCAGGACUUGCAGCCAAGAAGAACGAGUGACUAGUGAAGUGAUGAUUAUCACAACAACUUCCUGGCGUUAACCGUCCACUGGAGGUGUGAGACAGUGUUGUUUGCAGCUGGUUUAUUCAGAGCAGGGUUACAGACCGCAGAGGACUCGCUUUAUUGGGCAAAACCGACAGUGUGUGGUCAUAAAUGGGUUAUAAUUGGUAUAAUAAUAAUAAUAAUAAGUCUGUCUAAAUGUUUCAGUGGACUUAUAUUUUAAAAUUAAUAAUUCAUAGUGGGCAUCACCCAUCAACCCCUGCUGAUGUUCCUAUCAGACACGUGUGGAAGCUCAAAUGUUAUGAGAUGUUCAUCCACCUGUAAAUGUGUUCUCACUUGGUAUUUUGUUGUAUGACGUAUGGAGAACGUCAUUUCCAUCUUGAUAUUUUGUUGCAACAUGAGAUUGCUUGUUUCAUUUUGACUGUAAAUAUAACUUGCCAAAGACUUUCUCUCCACAAAGGUUGAACUGUUCCCAGUUUAUUAGUCACUCCCAACAGCCGUCUAAUACAACAGUUCUUUAACAAACCCUCCCUUCAUGAAGGUUAUAAAGUACUGUUCUUAAUGUUUAGAGGUGUCAACUUUAGGAGGCUGGUUGCUGUUGAAGUGUAUUAAUAUUUUAUUAAUAUGAACAUUGUAACCUUCAUAUGGGUGAGAUUUAUUGUAGGGGUGUUUAUUAGACUGCAUUAGUUUAAGCGAGGUCUAUGUUCCUAAUGUAAAACAUAUAUAUAUAUAUCCUUCCUCCUUAUUGGCAUGUCAUCAGGGAUUUGUUUAUAAGAUAAAAACAUUUGUUUUCCUUUUAUUUUAAAUAUGAAGAAUGUCAAAGAACCUCGUCUGGGCAGAAAGACCAGUCUUGGUAAAAUACCGAAGAACUGUGGAUCUGCAGUGUUAUUGAACUGUUUGUAUGAAAUGUGUGUUAAAUAAAGCACUUUUUGUUUUUUCAGAC